AUGCUUACUGUUGAUUUUUCGAAUGCUUUUAAUUUGGUUGACAGGACAACGCUACUGUACGAGGUAAGGAAAAGAUGUCCUUCUAUUUCUACGUGGGUCGAUUUUUUAUAUGGUCAACCAGCUAGAUUAUAUGUGGGGGAUGAGUAUAUUUGGUCUACUACUGGCGUUCAGCAGGGAGACCCCUUGGGGCCCCUCCUUUUUGCCCUUGUUCUACACCCCCUUGUUCACCGACUAAGGGAUCGCUGCAAACUUCUAUUUCACGCCUGGUACCUAGAUGACGGAACGCUUAUUGGAGAUGCCACCCAAGUGGCUAAUGCUUUAGAUAUCAUCAGAGCUGAGGGUCCUUCCUUAGGGCUUCAACUUAAUAUAAAGAAAACUGAAGUUUUCUGGCCAACCUGCAAUGGUGUAAAGGUUCAGGAGGGCUUAUUCCCUCGGGGGAUUGGGAGGCCGGUGCGGGGUGUGAAACUCCUGGGGGGUGCCGUUAGUCGUGAUGCAGAGUUUAUUAGUAGUAUGGCUCUUAAAAGAGCGAACUGUGCAAUCGAGCUGAUGAGGUGCCUUAAACGCCUACGGGACCCUCAGAGCGAGCUCCUCUUGCUUCGUUCUUGUAUGGGUGUUGCUAAAUUACUAUUUGGUCUUCGAACGUGUCAACCUUCUUUGGUCGGGGGAGCUGUCUUUGUUUUUGAUGAAGGCCUCCGGGGAGCAUUAGAGGAUAUUGUUGUUUGUGGGGGUGCCUUUUUUGGAGAUCUCCAAUGGAGGUUGGCUUCUCUCCCGACCCGGUUCGGAGGCUUAGGGAUUUGUACGGCCGAGGAUGCUUCUUCAUAUGCUUUCGUGGCUUCAAGGGCCCAAUCUUGGGGUUUACAAGACCACAUACUCCGAGAAUGUGGUGGGGAUGUUUUAGACUCCGAUUACAGGAGUGCGUUGGACCUUUUGUAUAGUUCUCUUCCCGACCUUGAUAUUGGCGGUUUCUAA